UAACUUAAAGGAAUGGUGGAAUAACGGAACAAAAGUCUAGGAACAUGGAACAUGUGCAGGAACAUGCAUCCGGUCCGUGAGAUUUUCCCCGUGCCCUCUCACCUUAAUCUCACGUCUGUCAAACGGUCGUGAAUUUUCGGAAGAUGUGAGGCUUUGGAAAGUGGGCACGCAAAGAAAAUCGCGUCACGACAUUCGCAUGAUGCCCUCACGUUUAAAAUCUUUUACGGCCGCCGAUGCUUCGAUUUAUUUGCGGUAACAACGAGGAAGCAUUUGACGGUAAAGGGAGCGAAGUGAUCUUGGACGGUGCAUACAGCAAUGGCCACGACAGAAGGAGUUACGAUAGAGGAGCUCAGGACCGAGAUCGAAAGGCUUUCGCGAGAACUAGAUUUAGCUUCAACGGAGAAAAUACAAUCUGCUCAAUACGGUCUCGCUUUACUCGAAGAGAAGUCCACAUUGCAACAAAGAUGCAACGAUCUCGAGGCCCUCUACGAAAACACGAAACACGAGCUGGAAAUCACUCAAGAGGCUUUAGCAAAGUUUCAAACAACUACAAAAUUGACUACAAAGAGUGGCAUAGAACAAGAAGAGAGUCUUCUUAACGAAAGUGCUGCAAGAGAAACAUCUCUUCAAACACAGAUCAUUGAAUUAGAAAAUGAAACCAAGCAGUUACGUCAUGAACUUGAACGUGUACAAGCAGAACGCGAUCAUGCGUUACAAGAAAGGGAAGAGGUUGGAAAAGAUCAUCAGCAAGCAGAAACUGAGAGAAAAUCUUUACGUACCAUGUUACGUGAAUGUAGAUUUCGGGAAGCUAGACUUCUUCAGGAUUACUCAGAAUUAGAAGAUGAGAAUAUUUCGUUACAGAAGCAAGUAUCUGGCUUAAGAUCCAGCCAAGUAGAAUUUGAAGGUGCCAAACAUGAGAUAAGAAGAUUAACAGAAGAAGUAGAACUUUUAAAUAGUCAGGUUGAAGAAUUAACAAAUUUAAAGAACAUUGCUGAGAAACAAAUGGAAGAAGCGCUUGAAUCGUUGCAAGCCGAGCGUGAAGCAAAAUAUGCAUUAAAAAAGGAGCUGGAUCAAAGAAUUAAUAGCGAAUCAAUUUAUAAUCUUAGUAAUCUUGCUCUUUCGAUUAGAGGAAUUACAGAAGAUCAAACAAUAUGUAGCGACGGAGAAGACGAUUCCCCGGCAUUACGUAGAAUCGAAGCAGAUUUAAAGACUCAAGAACCAGGUACUUCCGCUACUGACAAACAAGUUGAUUUGUUCUCGGAGAUUCAUUUGAAUGAACUGAAGAAAUUAGAGAAACAGUUAGAACUAGCAGAAUCUGAAAAAGCUCAUCUUACACAAAAUUUACGGGAAUCGCAAUAUGCCGUUGAAAAAAGUCAGAAUGAAUUGCAAUCUUUUGUUGCGCGCAUAGUGCAAUUAGCAGCCCAUGUGCAAUCAUUACACCAUCUUCACUCUAAACUGCCUGAGAAGCAAACUGAAGAAACAACAUUAGAUAAGUUGAACCAGGCAAUUAUGCAAUAUCACCAAUGGAGUGCUAUGUCCGCGCGAGAAGUGAAUCAGCUUCAAAAGGAUUUAGCUGAAUUAGAAAAUGGUUUAACUAUAUCUGACUCAACGCAACAAUUGCGAACAGAAUUAACGAACCUAAGAAACAAGAUCCCCGAGUCAGAGAAGAGCCUUCAAGAAAAGCUUUUAGAUACAGAACAAAGAAGCAUGCAACUUGAAUCUGACAUUGCUACACUUUCGAAAUUGGCAGUGGAAGCUGGUGGUUUCCUUGAUUCUGCACAAAAUGAUUUACAAAAUAUUUCCGACGAGCUUGCUCAACUUUACCACCACGUGUGUACGGUUAACGGAGAAAUUCCUUCACGCGUGGUCCUAGAUCACGAGAAGAUCGUUCCUGAGAAGGAAGAUGAAAAUGAAAAGAUCGAAUGGUGUAGGACAUUGUUCAAGACCGACAUUCAGAUCAAAGAUUUGGAGAGCCUUAGCAAAUCCAAAGAAGUUGCAAAACAUAUAGAAACUGCAAUGGAUCAAAUAAAACAUCUUAGAAGUGCUGUGGAACACACGAUCGAACUUUCAAAGGUUAAAGGAAUGCAGUCGAACGUAUGCAAUGUUUGUGAAGGAUCAGUGAAUGAGAACAAGGCAGAGGUAGCUGACUUACAGGAACAAGUAAUUAGAUUGAAAGCGUUGUUAUCAGCUAAACGCGAACAAAUUGCUACUUUGAGAACAGUGCUGAAGUCAAAUAAAAAUACAGCUGAAGUAGCACUUACUAAUUUAAAGAGCAAGUAUGAAAACGAAAAGAGUAUCGUUAACGAAACUAUGUUGAGAUUAAGGAAUGAGCUUAGAAUGUUGAAAGAGAAUGCUGCAACAUUUUCAAGUUUACGUGCGAUGUUUGCCGCACGUUGCGAGGAAUAUGUAACACAGGUGGACGAGUUACAACGUCAGCUUGCCGUGGCCGAGGACGAUAGAAAAACAUUGAAUCAACUUUUACGACUCGCGGUGCAACAGAAGCUUGGUUUGACCAUGAAAUUGGAAGAAUUAGAGGUCGAUCGGGAAUUACGAAAUACGCGAAGACACGCAGCCAGUGCAAAUGGACGAGUUAAUCCAUUAACGCAAAGGAAAGUGUUGGAAGACUAUAAUAGAAUGCGAAUCGCUUCGGAUCAUUCACCCUACGUCCUAUGCCCUAUGCUCUACAUUCUACUAUUAUGGGAACCGGAGGAAUCUUAAAGAAUUGUUAUCUUGCACCACUGCCACUCGCAAAAGCAUCUCAGAAAUAAUUAAACCCAUCAUUGAUCCUUCAUUGAUCCACCAUUUGGUUCACCGUUGAUCCACCGUUGUCCUUGGUAAAAACGAAUUAUUUUCUUACAGUUUCUAAUUAUACAAUAAUUUUUUAU